AUGAAGUUAACUACGAUUCUAUCUGCUUUCGCUCUUGCAAAUACAAUCAAUGGGCUUCCACUGUUUAUUAAUUCGGUGGAACAAGCAAUUUUAAAACUUCCAAAUGACGAAGUUCAUGAUUUGUUACACGAUAAACAUUGGGGUGGAAGGCCCCAUAAACAAAAGGGCCAUAAAUUCACCGAAAGUAAGUUUAAGGAGUUACCACUUAUCGAGACCGCUGACCUUCAAGACCUUGUGACCGAGGAGGCAUUGAGGGAAAAGGCGGAAGUGUUGUACAACAUUUCAUUGAAGUCUGUUAAGAAAUAUGGCCAUCCAACAAGAGUCAUUGGUUCGCCAGGUCAUUGGGGUACCAUCCACUAUGUGGCUAAAUCUUUGAGGAAAUUGAAGGGUUAUUACAAGGUCAAAACGCAGUCAUUCAAAGCAAUUGACGGUAAGGUGAAAAGCUUCUCAUUAUUAAUUGAUGGAGUUCAACCGAAAUCCUUGUUGCCACUCGCCUUAACUCCCCCAACUUUGAAUACGGAGCCAGUGAACGGUAAGUUAGUUUUGGUUGAUAACUUAGGUUGUUCUCCUGGAGACUACCCAGAAUCCGCAGCUGGUAAUAUUGUUUUAAUCAAAAGAGGAGAGUGUGCAUUCCAAGAUAAGUCAAUCAAUGCUGGAACUGCUGGGGCUCUUGGUGCUAUAAUUUAUGACUCAGAUGGAUCUUUACACGGAACUUUAGGUAAACCUACUGGAAAAGAGGUUGCAACAGUCUCAGUAUCUGAGAAUGAUGUUAAAUCCUACGUCGAUGCUUUAACAAAAGACCCGAGUAAGGAGAUCGAGACUACUCUCUAUAUUGACUCGUACGUCAAGGCUAUCAAGACAUUGAAUGUUAUCGCGGAGACAAGAUUCGGAAACCAUGACAAUGUUGUCUCUUUGGGCGCUCACUCAGAUUCCGUUGGGGCUGGGCCUGGUAUAAAUGAUGAUGGUACUGGAAGUCUUUCUUUACUUGAGGUUGCUGAGAACUUGUCCAAAUUUAGAGUAAACAAUGCAGUUAGAUUCGCAUGGUGGGCAGCAGAGGAGGAAGGUCUCCUUGGCUCAUACCAUUACGCUAAUACGUUAUCUCCCGAAGAGAACGCAAAGGUUAGAUUAUUCAUGGAUUACGAUAUGAUGGCUUCUCCAAAUUACGAGUUUCAGGUUUACGAUGCAAACAAUGUUGAUCAUCCUGAUGGAUCAGGUGAUCUUAAGGAUUUAUAUAUUGACUGGUAUAAGGAAAAUGGUCAUAACUACUCAUUGAUUCCAUUCGAUGGUAGAUCCGACUAUGUUGGCUUCAUUGAUGUUGGUAUUCCAGCUGGUGGUAUUGCAACCGGCGCGGAGGCUGUUAAGUCUCCAGAGAGUGAAAAGAAAUUUGGUGGGCACGCAGGAGAAUGGCUUGAUCCAUGUUAUCAUCAGCUUUGUGAUGAUUUGUCUAAUCCAGCCUACGAUGUCUGGACCAUCAACACUAAGCUCAUUUCACACUCUGUGGCCACCUACGCAAAGUCUUUCGAGGGAUUCCCAGAAAGAGACAUUGGCAAUGCAACUAGUAGCUCCGUUUCCAAAGAUUUUGCUUACCGUGGGCCACAAUUGAUUUUUUAG